AUGAAAAGAUAUGAGCUAAAGAAUAAGAUCUCUAUUUCUGAAUCAACUAUGGCUGGUGUUCUACAUACUUCGCACAUUUAUUUUAACCCAAAAGUUCUUUCAUUUGAAAUGUCACCAACUGCCAACAUUCUUGAAUUUCACCAGAAACUUCCAUUCUACGUUCCAACUCGUCUCGUGGAAGCUCCAUUUGUAGCUAAGCGCCUAGGUGUUCGUCAUGUCUGGGUAAAAGAUGAGUCAAGUCGGUUCGGAUUACCAGCUUACAAAAUUCUUGGGGCAUCAUGGGCUACAUAUCGCGAGUUGGAGACUCGUUUUGGUCCUUUUCAACCAUGGUCUAAUCUCGAUGAAUUGAGAGAGCAAUUGAAGGAUUUGGAUAUUACUCUUGUUACCGCUACUGACGGAAAUCAUGGCCGAGCUGUCGCGCGUAUGGCUCGAUGGCUUGGAUUGAAAGCACACGUCUUCGUUCCAGAUGAUAUGGUACAUGCUCGGAGAGAAGCGAUUAAGAAUGAAGGAGCGCAGAUUGAAAUCGUUAAUGGAACUUAUGAUGAUGCUAUAACUAAAUUAACUCGAAUAGGAGGAGACAAGUAUCUAGUCAUCAGUGAUACAGCAUGGGAAGGCUACGAGCGAGUGCCUACUUGGAUUGUUGAAGGAUAUGGAACGAUAUUUCGAGAGAUCGAUGAACAACUUAGAACACUCGAAGCAGAGCAGCCACAUUUGGUAGCAGUACAGAUGGGUGUCGGUUCUCUUGCUGCCUCUGUUGUUCGUCACUAUCGUUCGCCUAACCGUACAACACACAUUCUCGGCGUUGAACCAACACAUGCCGCAUGCGUACUUCGUUCAUUAGAGGCAGAUGAACUCAAGGAAGUGCCAGGUCCCCAUAUAUCGAUAAUGGCUGGUCUAAAUUGUGGCAAGCCAUCUCCACUUGCCUGGCCCUUGCUGCGCAAUGGUCUGAGUGGAUCAGUGGCAGUUGAUGACAGUUUCGCAGAAGAAGCCAUGCGUCUACUCGCCCAAGACGAAGUAAUAUCGGGAGAGUCCGGAGCAGCAGGCCUAGCCGGUCUCUUGGCUGUAUUGACCGAGAGGAAUGAGGCAGAUACAAUGCGUCAAAAACUCGGUAUCGACCAGAAUAGUACCGUCUUGAUCAUCUCAACCGAAGGUGCAACUGAUCCACAAGCGUAUGUUCGGAUUGUUGGCAGUAUGCCCAACAUAUGA